AUUUCUUUGGAUUUGACCAUGACCGACGUUUUCUCGAAUGAAGUGCCAGCUGUCGUAGAUUGUGAUGUUCUCGAAGCAGCAAAAGAGAACAUCCAGCCUCUUGCUAGCGGCCGAAGGGUCACCGCCUUAUCCUCCAUACUCGCUACACCACACGCACAACGCGAACCCAAACUCAAUGCCACUCGUAAUCGACUGAGGAUAAACGUAGAGCUUGCACUUUCAGAUGAGGAAGAUGAUCCAUUAGAAGCUUACUGGACCCUGGUUAGUUGGACAUUGGAGAACUAUCCACAAGGACAAAGCGCAGAAUCGGGUCUUUUGGAACUGUUGGAAGAGGCUACUCGUGUGUUGAAGGAUGCCAGAGGCGGAAGGUGGAGAAAAGAAAUGAAGUAUCUCAAGCUAUGGAUGCUCUAUGCCAGCUUUGUCGAGAAACCUGGCAUGAUCUACCGCUUCCUUCUUGCUAAUGAAAUUGGCACAGACGAUGCCAUCCUGUACGAGGAAUAUGCUGCGAUCCUUGAGAGGGGUGGGCGACGAAAAGAAGCUGACCAAGUUUACACUCUCGGUGUAGCUCGCAAGGCUGCGCCCCUCGAGCGACUCAAGUCCAAACAUGCUGAUUUCCAGAAACGCAUGAUGUGCGCAGCAGCCACACCAGAGGCUAUAUCUGUCACCAAUGACACUGCUACUACUUCAUCACGACGAACUGUUCUCUCCACCACAACCGCGACAGCACCUUUACAGUCUUCAUCCACCUCUUCCACUAGAAUCUCUUCCCGCUCUGCCACCUCGUCUUCGUCAAAUGCUCCACUACGGGUAUUCGUCGAUCCGACUGGAACAGCAGAACAGUCCGCUCCGAUGGAGGCAAACGCAUGGCCUGACAUCGGAACCCGUAAAACGAGAGUGAAGGAGAACGUUCCAGAGAGGAAGAAGAUCGCAGGGUCCACGAUCAGACAAGCCGGGAAGACUAAACGACUGGCCUCCGUCUCAUCGGGCUCAAAGAUAAUUCCAUACCGUGACCCAAGCCCAGACGAUACCCCACCCCCACAAUCGGCACUGACAAAGGGCGACGGUUCGACAAGUACGCCUGCCAAAGGCCCGUUUGUGCCAUUUGCAGAUGAUGCUGCCGUUCCGAUUCCUCCUUCUGUUCAGAAAUUCUUUCCUUUCCGCGACGAGUCUUCUUCUGGCAGCGUGUCUUCCUCUGCUGUUCCUUUGUCGGUUAUGAAACUCAAAAAGGCCGAUGCCAUAGUUUCAGGGAGUGAAGCGGAAGCUUUGAGGAAGGAUCCGCUGAAGAACUACGACGUGACGGUCGUGGGUGAUGCAUAUGAAUUGUAGACUACUGGUGUGCGGUCAUUCUGGUAGCCUGCUUUCAUCGCGGAACUGAGGUUCUAACCACAACAUUAUUAUAUUUUGAUCUACUCUACGAUAUCCUUUAACAACAG